ACCACAAUCAUUCUACCUCAGCGUUAUUUUUCUCAGUUGCAUCAAGACGGUGUACAUUUAUAGGUCUUUUAAUUUAAAUUUUUUGUACUCUUGUUUGAAGUUUUCUAAAAGUCUUAUAUUCUAAAUAGAAUAACCAACACCUAAAUAUACUUGUGCCAUGAAAACACCGGCAAGUUCCAUAGUGUUCAAAGUUACCAGGCGUGAACCUGAGCUCAUAGCUCCGUCCAAGCCCACACCUCAUGAAUUUAAGCCAUUGUCGGACAUUGACGACCAAGAAGGUCUCCGUUUCCAUAUUCCCGUCAUACAAAUAUAUCGUCAUGACUCCUCCAUGCAAGGAAAGGACCCCGUCAAGGUGAUUCGCGAGGCAAUCGGUAAAGCACUGGUGUUUUACUAUCCAUUUGCUGGAAGACUUAGAGAAGGGCCGUACCGCAAGCUUACGGUGGAAUGCACCGGUGAAGGAGUGUUGUUUAUUGAGGCUGAUGCCGAUUUUGAUUUUGAACACUCCGGCAAUGUACUUCAACCUCCGUUUCACUUUUUAGACGAGUUCCUUUUCGACGUACCCGGUUCUAAUGGAGUCAUAAACUGCCCUUUGCUGCUUAUUCAGGUGACACGCCUCAAAUGUGGCGGUUUCGUUUUUGCCCUCCGACUCAAUCACACCAUGGCCGAUGGCGCUGGUACAGUUCAGUUCAUGACAACAAUUGCUGAACUAGCCCGCGGAGAACAAUCCCCUCGUAUCCUCCCGGUAUGGGAAAGACAAGUCCUUAGUGCGAGGAAUCCCCCAACGACUACAUGCAUACAUAGAGAAUAUGAUGACUUUACCACACCAAUUCCAUUUCCACUUGAUGACUUAGUUCAUCAAGCAUUCUUUUUCGGGCCCAAUGAAAUAGCCACUCUUCGAAGCUACGCUCCUCCUCAUCUUCGUCAAUGCACUAAUAUGGAAAUAUUAACAGCUUGUCUUUGGAAGUGUCGAACAACUGCGCUUCAACCGAACCCCAUGCUAGAAAUUCGAAUGAUAGUUCUUAAUAAUGCGCGUAAAAAAUUUAAUCCCGAGCUAAUACCAAAAGGGUACUAUGGCAAUGGAUUUGUGCUUUCAACCGCAGUUUCCACCGCUGGAGAACUCAUAAAAAAUUCUAUAGGAUAUGCAUUAGAAUUACUUAGAAAGACUAAAGCUGUAAUGACUAGAGAGUACGUGCAAUCGACAGCUGAUACGCUAGUGAUUAAGGGUCGAGCUCUCUUUCCGGUGGAGGGGACAUAUAUAAUAUCGGAUGUGAGGUCUUCAGGAUUUAGAGAUGUAGAUUUUGGAUGGGGGAAAGCUAUAUAUGGUGGUCCUGCUAAAGCCAUUCCUAUUUUGGCAAGCUUUUUCGUAGCCUUUGAGAAUCAGAAAGGCGAAAAUGGAAUUUUAGUGCCACUGUGCUUGCCAUCCCAAGUAAUGGAAAGGUUUGUGAAAGAGUUGCAGAUUAUGUUGCAGGGUGCUAACUCAAAUGAUGGCAAAUUGGCGAUAAAAUCCAGUUUAUGAAUAUGUUGAAAUUAAAGGAUGCUAAAUCAUCAUUAGUAGAGUCCAGUUUAUGAAUAUGUUGAAAUUAAAGGAUGCUAAUUCAUCAUUAGUAAAGUCCACUUUAUGGAUAUGUUGAAAUU